CACCGGGAAACGGGCAGAGGAACAUGGCGCAGGGUCGGUGAGGAGGACGCUGAACAAUUGAGGAUUAUAUUCCGUGGAUAUUUCGGAGAUCAUGCUGAAAUCCUAAAAUGAGAAUGUGAAAUGGUUUCACUUCCGAAAUCUUGGAUAUCUACCACUGCCCCUUUGAUGAAUAAUAGGAAAACGCCUCUCAGGAAUACCUGCAAUUGCAUUCAUAAACAUUUUUUUAGGACUUACAACCCCUGAGCAUUGUUUUUUAUUCACAUCUAAAUAUUACAUGGGAAAAUGGCUGAGAGAAAUAAAAUGAUUAUAGAGGUCCCACAAGGAGUUGAUAGACUUCGAGUGGAGCAUAAAAAGCAGGUUGCAUAUUCAUUUAUGCGCGCGUGGCCUCUUCGACAGACCAUUUAUCGUGGACAUUUUCUAAACCUUUUUUUUUUUCUAGAAGCUUCCUUGAGGUAGCGGUCACAUGUUGCUUGUUGUUUAUUUCAGCCUGGAUCCUGGACAAGCCAUGUUGUGUACAACCAUCGAGUAUGCAUAAUCAAGUUUGUCAAUUUCUCUGAUAUUGACCCAUGUUUAUCUAUUUCAGCAAGUACAAAGCAUGGAAAGUAAACAAAUGAACCAUGCACGUAACAAUACACAAGCAUUUCCUUGUGCGGCCGGCCUACUGCCCAUUAAAAAUGAACCUAGAUUCAACAUAUCUAAAUGUUGACCGAUAAUGUUUAAUAAAAGGAAUUUACUGGCAAUGCAAAUGCAGUACAGGACAACAGUAAAGAAAGAGCCAGAUAGCAAGCUACUGUUAGUCAGUUGGCAAAGUCAUGUUCUUGUUGUGUUACAUUAGAAUUGGAGUCAUGCAGUAUGCAAUGGAGGGUGCAACUGUAUGCCUUUCAAAUAGAAACAGGCCUAAUGUGUUGGGACAUGCUUCUACCCAAAGUGUAGUACUGUAGUAGGCUACUUCCUGGUAUGACAUUCAUUGCAAAGUAUGCAGAUGCCCCUUCCUGCCCCCAGGUUGGUGCUCCUGUGUAUGUAAGUAUAUACUGGGUGGUUCAGAAAAGCUUUUGAUCCUUUUACAUUUUGAUACAAUUCAUCUUUGACAGCUGUUUAACCAAAAUACUUUAAACUUCCCGAUAAUUUGCUUCUGUGUUGUUUUCCCCCAGUGAGUAAGUGUAAACAACUACAAUGGAGGGGGUUCUUCUGACAGUUUUUUUAAUAGAGAAUAGAAAUGCAAAGUUUGACCUAAAUAAUUGUCACUCUGUUAACAACAGGUGGUGCAAGGCUGCGAAGGUCAGAUCCAGCACUGGGCGAAGGUAAAGGGUGACUAUGAAACCCUCGAGGAUCGACUCAAAACUCUUCCAGAUCAGGUGUCCUAUGACAUCAUGGUGCCAUUUGGCCCCCUGGCCUUCAUGCCUGGGAUGCUGGUCCAUACCAAUGAGAUCACCGUGCUGCUGGGGGACAACUGGUUUGCAAAGUGCUCUGCCAAGCAGGCCCAGAAGCUCGUGGAGCACAGGAAGAAACAUGUAAAUAGUGCGCUGGAUGACUUGCACAAGACCAGGAAGGACUUUGAAGCCAGAGUUGGGUUUACAGAGGAUCUAGAAAAACUCUCAGGCGCUAAAGGGGACUAUGUGGACAUCAGAGAAGAGGUUGGAAGUAUUGAAGAAAUGGUCAGCAAAGGAAAGCUGCGUGUGGCUCUUAAGCCCCACUCUAAGCCCAAGAUGGAGGCUGUUGUGAAGAUAGAGGAGGAAGAGGAGGAGGAGGACAAAGAGGGCAGUGGAGAGGGAGAUGGAGGGAGCAGGAGAAGAGUGCUGUCCGAGGAGGAGCUAUGGGCCAGACUGGAUGAGCUGGAAGCGCAGGAGGAGCAGGAAGAGGAGCAACACCGACGGUUUGACAGUGCAGACACCAAUGGCAACGAUGACACAACAUCCUCUGAGGAAGAGAAGGAGGGAGAUAGCGGCAGCCAUCAUCGUGUCAAUGGACAUGAUGAGAGGAGCAAAGGCAGGGCGUUUGUGCCUUACAACGGCAGCCAACUCAACAGUACAGCUCAGUCAACCGGGGAGGAGGAGGAAGAUGAAGCAGAGGAGGAGGAAGGCGUCUGUUUGCCUACCAUCUAUUUCUCUCAUACGGUGGAACCUAAGAAGGUGAGGAUAAACACAGGGAAGAACACCAUGUUGAAGUUCAGUGAGCUGAAAGAACAGAAGCAGCAAGCCAAGAGGAAAAAGAAGAACGGCACCAGCAACGGUCACUCUCACCACGGGCUCCACAACAUCACUACGCCCACAGACCUCUACAGGUUGUUUGUGGAUGUGAAGAACGGCGAGCCCAUCCCCAGGAAGUCAAUCCUGAAGUCCCGGAGCAGAGAGAGCAGUGUGUGUAGUGACACCAGCGAGAGCAGCGCUGCCGACUUCGAGGAGCGGCGGACGUUUGGACGCACUCUGAGCCAUGACGAGAACACAUACAGCGACACCAGUGACGGCAUCACGGAGGAGGACAGCCCCACCGGGGUCCUCCUACAUCCCACCAGCAGCUUUCAGGCCUUUUCAGGCACGGUGGUUGAGAAGGAGCCCAUUCCCUUGUCGAUCCCCCAAUUCACCAUUGCUCUGCCAGCGCUGCCCACCAUCCCAGAGAGGAAACUGGAGGAGGUGGCCCCCGAGGCCCCCCAAGAGGCCCCAAAGAGGGUGUCCAAGUUCAAAACUGCCCGGCUGAAGCAGAAGUGACCCAGAAGAGCCAGUCUCCAGGAUCCACACUACGGGCUCCUUUUUUAACAUUGAUUUUCUAUGCCAACACUUUUUGGAGUUGGACAGACCGUGAACCCACCCUAUGAUCUGCCAUCCCGCUUAUUUUUUUGGCAUCACUCUUCAAGCCUCUCUUCUUCUCUUUCAUAAUGCUUUUCCUGUUAGUACACAUUGCAAUAUAAACAAUUUGCCUAACUUUGUUUCUCAACAAAGCAUAACUUUGUUGAGAAAGCAACCCAACACACUCACUCUUAACCAUUUACCUGCCUUGUAUAAUGGAACAUCAAGCUUUUUAGCAAAUAGCCCCAUUAUUUAUGAAUUAGUACUUCACCGCAAUAUGUUUUUAAGUAAAGAGGUAGUUUAUUUAGAGCCCUCAUCCUCCAACAUUAUGGCCCUACAUUAGUCAACACUGCCUAGGUGUGCAUUUUAUGGUGGUUGAUCUUGUCAGUGUCUUGACUAUACUCUGACAAAGCCAGUAGUUUACAACUCUAUUCAUUGUUUGAUCCAUGAUUUUGCCUGCUAUGCUAAGACGACAUACUCUGCAUCAUUCAAUUUAUUUUUGCCUUUUCCUUUCUUAAUUAUUCUACGACAGGGUCAGAUGUCAACUUCCCUUUAUUUCCUCAAAUCCCCUUGUACCUGCCUAUUGAAUGUAUGUCCACUUCUGUGACCAGCUUUAUGUCAAAAAUAAAUAUUGUUGUAAACUGGAAUUAAAAUUAAAAAUUUUGGACAAAGUCA